AUGGGCGACCGUAUGUGUAUUGUCGGUGGUGGAGGCUAUUUUGGUCAGCAUAUAGCCAAAGAGUUGCAGCGAUACGGCCACCACACUGUGAUUCUAGAUAUCAAUUUUUGCGAUGUACCGGUAGUGAAACUGAACGAAUCUCAGACAACACGAAUAAAGGGUUCCAUGUUUGAUGUGAAGGUGUUGGACGAAGCGCUGCAUGACUGUAUAGCAUGCUUUCAUCUUGCAGCUUACGGAAUGACCGGAGGUGCUUCAAUGAACAAAGAAAUGAUUUAUCAAAUUAACGUGACCGGCACGGAACUGGUACUCGAACGGUGCCGGAUUAAUUGUGUACAAAAUUUUAUUUUUGCAAGUUCCAUAUGUGUUGUGUUCACUGAUCAGGAAUUGCACGAUGCCAAUGAAUCGGUCCCGUAUCCACACGAGUCAGAGUACUAUUCGCACUAUUCUGCAUCAAAAGCACUGGCCGAAAAGAUUGUAAUAGCUAAUGACUGCGACACCAUGAGAACAUGCGCUUUGAGGUUUCGAGGUAUUUAUGGUCCAGCUGAGCCACGAACAGUGCAACGGGCCAUUGCCAUGAGGCUGGCUGAAGAAGCUUUGAGACAAGGUAGAGCACGUGGAAAGGUUUAUAAUAUUGUCGAUGGCGGACCUCCAGUUGGCGCAUUCACUUUUUGGUUUCCACUCAUCAAAGCGCUCGGCAAGCCGUUGCCCACGUUCAAGAUGCCGUACCAGCUGAUGUUGCUGUUGGCCAUUUUGUUCGAAUAUUUGUAUCAAUGUUUUGGCCUGGAACCCUUAUUUACAAGAUUGGAAGUGAAUCUUAUGUCAAUAACCAAUACAUAUUCAAUCGAACGGGCUCAGCGUGAUCUCAGUUAUCAGCCAACCGAGAACCAUGACCUGUCUGAUGUUAUAAAUUAUCACAAAGUGUCGGACAGUAAUGUUUAUGACAGCGAUCCCAAGAAUACGGUACCAAAGAAGCAUGUAAAUGUUGUUUUACACAAUGGCACUGGUUUCUUCGUACUUGUGUCUUUUGUGAUAUUGUUUUGGAUCGCAAACUCUUUGUUUUUGUGA